CACAACAUUCCACAGCCGAUUCAGAAGACGAACUAAUUCUAUUUCGUGAGAAUGAAAUUCACCCCUUUUAUCAGCCUGCUUUUCGCUAGCAUUGCAAUUGCUGCUCCUCUUGGCUUGCCAGGUGCAAUUGCAGCCCGAGAAGGCUCCAUCGACAACGAUGACUACAUUGUGUAUCCUGAUGUCGACAGAGACGAAGAUGUGGUUUACGCAUAUCAUGCCAUUAACGACAAAUGAAAAAUUGUAUUGGAAUGACGUU